UUGAGUAAAAGAUCUGAAAUUUUAAGAAAAAGCAAUUGCUUAUUUUUAUUCAUACGGCCCACUGUACUGUGUACACAACUUAAUUGUAAAUAGCUGCUCGAACUGUACUUUUAACCAAAGUUCCAUCGGCACUUGCUACAACUGAAUGCUAAAAAAUCAGCUUCUUUCCCUCACCAAAAUUAGGUGCAAUCUGCCAUUAUGCAAUUGCAGCUGCAAUCACUAAGUGCAGCGUGGCUCGUCUAGCGGGUCUUUUUUGAAACUCGUGCUUUGUCAAUGGGUUAUAAGAUUUAAAAGCGUACCAGAAAGUUGAAAAACAAACACCUAACGGUGCUUAUAUUCCUAUUGUAUGCACUGGUAUAGAAAAAAUUGGAACUGAAUUCGAAAUUGCCAUUUUAACACCGCCAGCUUAUACGGCCUUAUGGAUUCACGCUUUCGAAAUUAUUUAAUUUUACCGUUUAUCUCCUUUCAAAUUGCUGACCAGAUUUUGAUUUAUCACUUUUGCUUAUCAUAACUUUUGCACUUCAGUUUUUUUUUAUAUAAAAUUUCAGUAUUUGAUUAAAAGUUUUCGUUUAGCAAUUUUUUUCUCUCCAAUAACUAGGUUUAAAACGCACGACGAGUCGAGGAAUAUAACAACAGAUUUCGAAACUUACCAAAAAUCUCCCUAAUAUGAAGAUUUUGGCACUGAACGUAUUCUAGUCAAGGAUUAAAUUUUACUUUUUUCUCAUUCUUUAAAAAAAAGACGCAAAAAAAUACCAAAUAGUAGCGCCAAUGUGGUCGUUUUAGUUUGUAGAGAAUUGAAUGAGCUUAAACUCUGCAUCCACGAAGACAACUUGUGGACAAUCUAGUAGAUGCGCCAAACAGUUAAAGUUGAAAAUAUGUUGAGCUUAUUCUGCUGAUUGACAAUGUUUAUAUUUAAUUGACUUAAAAUUCAGUUUUUUCAAAAAAUCCUGAAAGUACCGGCACUCCUUCGUUUAUAAAUUUCCAAAUUAUACAACAUAAAAACUAUCGCAAGCGCCAAUUCUUUGAUAACUUUCCUCUCAGCAUGUUCAGGAAAAAUAUCGCAGCCGUACACAAUGGAUGCAUAUACGUUUUAGGAGGGACUUCCGAAAAUAAGACAGUCGAGCGUUAUGACCCUCAAAGUGACAAAUGGACAAAGAUGUGCUCUUUGAACGUUGGACGUGGUGGCAUGGGUUGUGUUUUUGUAGGAGAUCAACUGUGGGCUGUCGGAGGCUGGAACUCAAAGUCCGUGUCAGUUUAUAAUGCCGAAUGUGAUGAAUGGGUCGUAAAGAAACCAAUACCUGAACUUGGUGAAUACAGGUGUUAUGUUGUGCCUAAAACCUUACUUCUAUGUGAAUAAGAGAUAAGGAAAUUUACAAAGUACUUAGUUGAAGACUUACUAGAGAUCAAUGUAUUUAUUUUGCUAACGCAACUUUUAAUUUUCACCUUAUCUUGAACAUGAAUUUUAGUUUAAUGGUUUCUAUUACUUUAAAAUAUGUUUGCUUGUAAAAUGCGUUUUUUAAAUAUCUAGUAAAUAUAUCCAACAAAGUAGAAGUGAUUUUGAUAGUUCUCCCUUUUGAACUGCGACGGGAAUAUCAAAUAAAUAAUAGAUAUUCGAAAUCGUAUU